AUGCCACUUAGGAAUGCAAGUGUCCGGUACAAGAGCAGUAAAUCGUCAAGCCUCGUUCCUUUUAGGGAUGACUCUAAAUUGGUCGGCUUGCGAUACGAUCAAACCGUCCAGGCUGAGCCACCAAUCCCAAUACCACCACCUCGGUCUUCGCGCCGCCCGCCGCCUCGCCCUAUAUCGUGCAGCACUACCCGCAAUCCUGUUGUAGUGCCACCUCCUCGUCCUGCUCCUCCCACUGAGCAGCAUCCGGCAUUAAGGACCAUUACAUCUCCACGAAGAGUUAGCGAGUCUGGAAAACGGGAUUCUGUUCAUUCGCCGACAACACCAAGUUCGUGGACCAUUCGUGAAGAUAGUGAGACAGACGACGAGGAUCCUUUUACGUACGAAAACGUCCAUCAUAGAUUUGGCGGUAUUAAACCCCUCCAACUAAAAAUCCGGUCUGCAUCACCAUCUCUAUAUGGGCGUGAAGGGGGACGAGUCAGUGAAUCCAACAGCAGAAUUAGCGCACCUUCAAUUUCUCCAGCACUUUCGGAUGGCGACACAGUUUCACCAAAUUCACCCACAACACCUCCUAUGAAUUUUUCUAAAAGGUUUGUCAGAAGCUUCAGUUUACGAUCGAAUUCGUCCAAGACGUCAAUACCAAAGAUGAAGCGUUUAAGGAAGAAGAUGGGAAGUGAUGGUGGCUCGUGCGCGGAUUACCCCAGUUAUCCACUAAAUGAACAGAGUAGCUUGGCGCCUAAAUCCCCUAGCGGUAGAUUGUCGCCAUUACCUGACCCCCAUGACUCUCCAGUUAUAUCAACCACUAUCCCCACCGAGAGUCUUUUGGAAGAUGAUUUUAUGACCCAGUUGUCCUUCUCUAAGCGCGGUAGCCUCAUCUUUGGUGGUAAGCAUUCGCGCAGAUCUACGAGAAACGUCGCCACCGCCAUGGCCGCACAAGAUACUGGCGUUGCCAACAAGAAUAUCGUUUCUGAAUCAACUAGAACGCCACGCGCCUUUGCUCUAGUACCUGCGCGAGAACAGAGCGCCGACACCGACGCCGUUGCCAACUCAAUCAGCGCUAAAACCGCCACAACUUCAGGGGCAACCGACAAUGUUAAUGCCAAUAAUAAUGCCGAACCCCUAAGUAGCCCGCCAUCCUCGCCAUCCUCGCCGCGUCACCUACCGCCCAGCGUCCGGCUUAUAACUGCUGAUGCCGAGAAGGAAUCUCAAAAGGUGAGAUCGCUCUAUGAAUCCGGUGAAGGUCUCCACUGGGAGGACGGCGCGAGGCGCUCAUCAAUCGAUGAGCGUGUCCAGCCCGAAGCAGAGCACCCAACUGAAGUGAAUGAGAAUGAUGCGUCAAACGACCCGGAUGGACGCCCUAUUCAAACCUCGGCUUCUACUUCGUCGCUACCAGAUAGAGAUCCACGACACGAAUAUGAGUUAGCAGGUGGAAUUGAAGAUUGGGAGGGAGUCCACGGUGCAGAUGUCGAUCGUUAUGGUUUUAUCUCUGUUCAAGAGCCACCAAACCCUCGACCGAGCACCUCAUACGAAACCACAUCCGUUCACUUUUCGCUUCGCAAGCAGCGAAACGUUCUCGUUCGUAGGGAAGCAACAUCACACUCGUUGGGCAUUAAUAAGAACAGUCCCCGUAGAAAGGGGUCAGCCCACUCUUUGCACACACAGGCGUCGGAGUUUUCUACCAUAUCGCGCCGUUCCGCUCUCUCGACUAUGCGCCAGGCCACAAACUUAUUGCCACACAAUAGAGAUAGAAGACUGAUCGAUGAAGCUGGAGAUGUUCUUGCAUCACCUCCAGGCUUAUCACAUACCGAUGACGAUGGAUUAGUUGGAAAGAAAAUAGCCGAGGCGAAGAUGAAAGAAAUGCAGCGAGCAGAGAAAUGGCGGAGGAUGGCUAAGAUCAUAAGGCCUGGCGAGGAGGGACAAGGCAUGAUGUUCGAGUUUGACUUGAAGCAUCCGAAGCUGGCCCAACGGGUGUGGAAGGGUAUCCCCGACUGUUGGCGAGCAGCAGCCUGGUAUUCCUUCCUCACCUCUAGCGCCCACGCCAGCAACGAACCAUUUGCUACAGACGAACAAAUCGCAGUCGAGUUUUAUCGACUGCUUGAAUGCCCAUCACCCGAUGACGGACAAAUCGACUUAGAUGUACCCAGGACCAUCAACCAACACAUCAUGUUUCGACGAAGAUACCGUGGUGGCCAGCGACUCCUCUUCCGGGUACUUCAUGCCUUAUCUCUUUAUUUCCCCGAGGUAGGGUAUGUCCAGGGCAUGGCUCCCCUCGCAGCAACAUUUCUUAGCUAUUUCGACGAGGAAAGAUGCUUCAUAAUGCUUGUACGGCUCUGGAAACAUCGCGGUCUCAAUCGGCUGUACUCAUCCGAGUUUGUCGAGCUUCUUGGUGCCUUGAAGGACUUCGAAAAGGAUUGGUUGGGCAAUAGAGACGUUGCUACGAAGCUUUCUGAGCUCUGCAUCGAUCCGACCGCCUACGCUACGAAGUGGUAUCUCACUCUUUUCAACUUAUCGAUACCCUUUCCAGUCCAACUUCGCGUAUGGGAUGCAUUCAUGUUGCUCGGUUCUUCGCCGAACCCUCGUGCCACCACACCCGUCCCAGGCAAGGCUGCUCCGGAAGAGCCAUCGUCUAAGGGCUUGGAAAUUCUUCACGCAACCAGUCUCGCCAUUAUUGACACUCUUCGACCUUCGCUGCUAGAUUCCGAUUUCGAGAACGCCAUGAAGUCCUUGACAUCCUGGGUUCCUAUUAAGGAUGAACAGGGAUUCAUGGACCUGGUGCAAUUAGAAUACAGGCGGCACCAGAGUAAGCAGAAGAGUUAG